UGUGAAUUCAAAACCAAGACAAUUUCCUCCAACUUCAUUGUCUUCCCCCUCACAGUGACUAGUGUAGUCAUAUUGUUAGCUAAAAAACGAGCACAAUUAUGGCAGGUUAUAGGCAAAAGAAGUCUUCUUCCAGUUUCUUUAUUUUCAACAUCUUCUCAUCUAAAAAGUCCAGAGGAGGGUACUAUGAUGCCCCUGAUUCUGGACGCAGGGUGUGCCAUAGUGAUUAUGACAAAGGUAACUGGGGUGUUGCUGAGCCUGGUAUUGACAGGAAAGCUGAAGCUUUCAUUGCCAAAUACAAGAAGCGUGUUUCAGAAUCUGAACUUCAUCAACUUGAUCCGGCUGCUGAAAAUGCAUAAUAUGAAACCUUAUGUAUAUUUGUUUAUUUCUCAAGAAUGUGAUUUACUCAUUAAUGUUGCUUCUACCUUGUACUGGUACAUAUUAUGUUAACGAAUAAAGAUGAUAUAAGAUUAACUUAUUGUAUUCAACUACUUGUUUAGUUGUUCAUAUUGAUCACCCAAG